AUGACUACUGAAGCCAUAGAUCGUAACGAACAACAAAAUGACCAUGCUGUUCUUCUGAAAGUAAAAGACAUCCUGCAGGAAUGGGACAAGAAAAUAGCUGAAAAAGACAAAGAGAUUGCUGAAAAAAACACACAAAUUACUGAAAAAGACCGAGCACUCGCAGAAAAAAACGCAGAAAAAAACACAGAAAUUGCUGAAAAAGACCCAGAAAUUGCUACAAAAGACGAACAAAUUGCUAAAAAAGAUGCAGAAAUUGCUGAAAAAGACGCAGAAAUUGCUACAAAAGACCAAGAAAUUGCUAAAAAAGACGAACAAAUUGCUGAAAAAGACGCAGAAAUUGCUACAAAAGACGAACAAAUUGCUACAAAAGACGAACAAAUUGCUGAAAAAGACGCAGAAAUUACUAGAAAAGACCAAGAAAUCGUAAAAAAAGACGAACAAAUUGCUGAAAAAGACGAAGAAAUUGCUAAAAGAGACGAAGAAAUUGCUACAAAAGACGAACAAAUUGCUACAAAAGACGAACAAAUUGCUGAAAAAGACGAAGAAAUUGCUAAAAGAGACGAAGAAAUCGCUACAAAAGACGAACAAAUUGCUAUAAAAGACGAACAAAUUGCUAAAAAAGACGAACAAAUUGCUGAAAAAGACGAAAAAAUUGCUGAAAAAGACGAAAAAAUUGCUACAAAAGACGAACAAAUUGCUGAAAAAGACGAACAAAUUGCUAAAAGAGACGAAGAAAUCGCUACAAAAGACGAACAAACUGCUAAAAAAGACGAACAGAUAGCUGAAAAAGACGAAGAAAUUGCUACAAAAGACGAACAAAUUGCUAUAAAAGACGAAGAAAUUGCUACAAAAGACGAACAAAUUGCUGAAAAAGACGACCAAAUUGCUACAAAAGACGAACAAAUUGCUAAAAAGACGAACAAAUUGCUACAAAAGACGAAGAAAUUGCUACAAAAGACGAACAAAUUGCUGAAAAAGACGAAGAAAUUGCUAAAAGAGACGAAGAAAUCGCUACAAAAGACGAACAAAUUGCUAUAA